AUUUAAUUGUAGGCAUUUGGUCACAAAAAUCUUUAGGAAAUUAAUACUCUAAUGAUUCUUAUAGGAUAUUGAAUAAUAUAAUACACUUAAGAAAAAAAUGGAUGAAGAACCUGAAAGAACUAAGCGAUGGGAAGGAGGUUAUGAAAGAACAUGGGAGAUUCUUAAAGAAGAUGAAUCAGGAUCACUUAAAGCUACAAUAGAAGACAUUCUCUUCAAAGCAAAGAGAAAAAGAGUAUUUGAGCACCAUGGACAAGUUCAACUUGGAAUGAUGCGCCAUCUUUAUGUGGUAGUAGAUGGAUCAAGAACAAUGGAAGACCAAGAUUUAAAGCCAAAUAGACUGACAUGUACUUUAAAGUUGUUGGAGUACUUUGUAGAGGAGUAUUUUGAUCAAAAUCCUAUUAGUCAGAUUGGAAUUAUUGUAACAAAGAGUAAAAGAGCUGAAAAACUGACAGAACUCUCAGGAAACCCUAGAAAACACAUAACGUCUUUGAAGAAAGCUGUAGAUAUGACCUGCCAUGGAGAGCCAUCUCUUUACAACUCCUUAAACCUGGCUAUGCAAACUCUAAAACACAUGCCUGGCCACACAAGUAGGGAAGUCCUAAUCAUCUUCAGCAGCCUCACAACUUGCGAUCCAUCUAAUAUCUAUGACCUAAUUAAGACCCUGAAGGCAACUAAAAUUAGAGUGUCUAUUAUUGGAUUGUCUGCAGAGGUUCGGGUUUGCACUGUGCUUGCUCGUGAAACUGGUGGUACAUACCAUGUUAUUUUAGAUGAAAGCCAUUACAAAGAAUUGCUAACGCAUCAUGUUAGUCCUCCUCCUGCUAGCUCAAGUUCUGAAUGCUCACUUAUUCGAAUGGGGUUUCCUCAGCAUACAGUUGCUUCUCUGUCUGAUCAAGAUGCAAAACCCUCUUUCAGCAUGGCGCAUUUGGAUAGCAAUACUGAGCCAGGACUUACAUUAGGAGGCUAUUUCUGCCCACAGUGUCGGGCAAAGUAUUGUGAGCUUCCUGUUGAAUGUAAAAUCUGUGGUCUUACUUUGGUGUCUGCUCCCCAUUUGGCACGGUCUUACCAUCAUUUAUUUCCUUUGGAUGCUUUUCAAGAAACUCCCCUAGAAGAACAUAAUGGAGAAAGAUUUUGUUACGGAUGUCAGGGGGAAUUGAAAGACCAACAUGUCUAUGUUUGUACUGUGUGCCAAAGUGUUUUCUGUGUGGACUGUGAUGUUUUCGUUCAUGACUCUCUCCACUGUUGUCCUGGCUGUAUUCAUAAUACGCCAGCUCCUUCAGGAUGCUAGGAAGUAGUAGGACACAGACACCAAAAAGAGGACAUGAACCCCACCCUCGUGGAUCUGUGAACCUCCCAGCCUAGAAGGGACACCUGUAAAGGAGUCAGUGUGGAAGUGCAAAUAAUAUGCUAAGUGCUGUGGGCAUGCAGAGGAGGAGCUGUGAGAUGGGCUUGGAUGCAAACUCAGUGCGUCAAGGGGCCAGGCAGAGGAGGCAAGUAAGUGAAAAGGGGUCAGGGUGCUGCAAAGUGGUGGUGUCUGGAGAGCACUUCUUCCAUCUAAAAGAGGCAGCCUUGAGAUGCUGGGCCCAGGGUUAGAAGAGAGAUGUAGUUUUCUCUUUAUGUCCUUUUGUACCUUUUGAAUUUUAUACAUGUGUACUUGUUAGCAAAAAAAAAAAAAGUUUUUUAAAGGAGGUAACCAUUACUCAGCCCCUGCUUAUUUUUUCCUCCUAGGAAUGUAGGUUUCCUAGUGCCAUGUAUUUUGAUAUUUAAAGGGAAACUGGCUCUGGCUAGUAUGGCUUAGUUGGUUGGAGUGUUGUCCUGUAUACCAAAGGGUUGGCGGUUCAAGUCCCGAUCAGGACACAUGCCUGGGUUGAGGGUUUGAUCCCUGGUCAGGGUGCUUAUGGAAGGCAGCCAGUGGAUAUUUCUCAUUCACACCAAUGUUUCUCUCUCCCUUCCUCUGUCUCUAAAAUCAAACAUAUU